UUAAACACGUGGAGUGGCAUGUCUAGGAUAUUUCCGUUUGUAGUAUUUAGCUUAUUAACCGAAUGUAAACUCUUUUUUUUAAAAGGAGGACGUAUUUUAGCUGACGAUUUUAAUUUUAUAAAGUCGUCCCUUCAGUCGCUGAUUGGGAUUUAAUGUGAAACUCGUUCUGUGGAGAUUGUAAACAAACACUACAAUGAGUUUCCCCUUAAACGCGUCUUUCCUAAACACAAGCGAAGCCUCUGUUAUCGAGUCUGCAGUCAGAACGGCGGUCAUGUCCAUCCUGAAGGUUUUCUGUGAGCUGAAUGACAAGAGGUCGCAGUGCUAUGAGGAGAAGUUAACCGAGGCACAAAGACAAAACACGGCGCUGAAGAUCCAGUUAAAAGCAGCCGAGCAGGAGCUUCACACCUUACGACAGAUCUCUACUGACUACAGCAUCUCAGCUGAGGUCACCUUGAGCCAAGACUUGAGCUCAGAUGUUCGAGAAGAACAGGCAGGUUUCCACAGCGGUGCCGACCUGCUGAUAAAGGAAGAACCUUCUUACGAGAACACGUCGUGUUUCAAGAGUGAAGUGACAGAUGAAAGAUCUGCACCAGAGUGUGAUUAUCAGAGUGAGAUACACAAUGUCCAGGUUUCCCAACAGACUCCAGGUGCAGAGAUGUGGAACAUGCACCAUGAGCAAACAUUCAGUUCAGCAAGAUCCAGCAUUAACCAGACCAGACAGAACUGGAUUCCUGGUGACGUUCUUACAGGGAAACUGAAAAGCAGAGAGUGUGUGAGGAGAUACAGAGAAAGGAUCCGUGCUGACCCAGAAAAGUACCACGCCUGGAAGGAGAAGGAACGCUUGAGGUAUCAGCAGAAGAGAAAGACCAUUAGCGAUCUGUCUGAGCCCAUGAAGAAGCUGAAGAGGAAGGCUUGGAGAGAGGCUAAGAGACGUGAUCGUGCUAGAAAGCAGGUUCAAGCAGCUUCCACGCACGUGAUCCAGACAAGUGACUCGUGAGGGGUGGACUGUCUCACUGUGGGUGAAAAACUUUAGUUACAUUUCCACUGUUAUUACCUUUCAGUUGUACAAUGACUGGAAAGUGUCACGGCGAAAGGAGUUUGCAGUGAACCUAGAAGACCAGUUUUGGAAAAGAGGGAAAUUUCCCAGGUGUAAAUCCUGACUGGUGUUUAAUCCAGCUUUAACCCGACUGGAGAGAAGAACCUCAUGUGCCGCUUUGUGGGAGAUUAACAGGCAGCACAGAGGAAAGAUCUCUGCUGAUCACAUGAUCAUCUCAUCUGCAGUGAGAACAAGCACUCAUGGUAUUCUGUGUCUCACACACUCACUUCACUACUUCACUCACACACACUCACUCACUUCACACACAUACACACACACACACACACUCACUUCACUACUUCACUUAAACGCACACACACACUCACUUCACUACUUCACUCGCACACACACUCACACACACACUCACUCACUUCACUACUUCACUUAAACAUGCACACACUCACUUCACUCACACACACACACACACUCACUUCACUACUUCACUUAAACGCACACACGCACUCACUUCACUACUUCACUUAAACGCACACACACUCACACACACUCACGCACACACACACACACUCACUUCACUACUUCACUUACACACACACACACACACACUCUCUCUCUCUCUCUUCACUACUACACUCACACACACACACUCACUUCACACACACUCACUUCACUACUUCACUCACACUCACUUCACUACUUCACUCACACACACACACACUCACUUCACUACUUCACUCACACACACUCACUUCACUACUUCACUUAAACGCACACACACACUCACUUCACUACUUCACUCACUCACUCACACUCACUCACACACACUCAGUUCACUACUUCACUUACACACACACUCUCUCUCUUCACUAAUUCAUUCACACACACACACACACACUCACUUCACACACACUCACUUCACUACUUCACUCACACACACACACACACUCCUGACCAUGGACACAGUAAACCCGGAGGCUUUCCCAGUAAUACGGUCUGUGAGGCAGGAACACACCCUGGAUAUGAUGCCAGUCCAUUUUAAAACAACUCACAUUCACCCCUAAUUUCUUUGGGCAGAUUCACCUGCUGAGGUGGGGGGGGGCAGGAGAACCUGGACUAACCCCACACGGACACAUGAAAAUAUUUGAUCCUGUGUUCUAAAGAGAAAAAAAAGAAUGUUUGCAUGGUUGGUUUCCUCACUCAGUAAUCACCAACGAGAAUCACAGCUCAAGGUCUUAAAAUCACAGAGUGCACUCUUUUUUUUUUUUUUUUUUUUUUUUUUAUUGAAAGAAGAAAACAUAAUAGCUAAUGACAUCAUACACCGUUGCCCAGUCCGACAGACAUUAAAAAAAAAAAUACAGCCACAAAUUUUUUUCAUGUGAUGUGUGUUUUGAGAACCUGCUACCCUCCAGAUCUCUCCGCAGGAGAAAACGAAUCCAGGAUCUCCCUGAACCCAUGCAGAGGCUGCAGAGGGAAGCUUGGAGAGAAGCUACGAGGCGGCACCGUGCAAGAAAGUCAGCACAAGCCACUGUCUCUGCCACAGAUGUCACCCCAACACUCGACCCCUGACCUCUACACUGUUAUUUCUAUAUUUAUUUACACUCAGUAAUCUAAUGGCAACAAAAGCUCUCAUUUGUAUAGGUACAAUCCUGUUUCCUGUUUCCGCUAGAAUCAUGAACAUCAUCUCAUUAUUUAAUAUCUAAUUCAUUUAAUCAUAUACAAUGUAUUAAAAGACAAAAAGCUAUUCAAAUCUGUUCACUGAUUAUGAGUGUUGUUCAUUUGUCGGUGCUACACAUUCAAGCACUUCUUUGUGUUGAACAAAUUUAUUUAAUACGAUUCAUUACAAUAAAAGAAAGUCAGUAACUGCAGACAAA